AUGGGGUUAUUUAAGGUUGUCUUUUUUACCAAUGGCAAAUUUGUAAGAGAUGAAGGGGUAUCAUAUGAAGGGGGCGAUGUUUUUGCUAUAGCUGGUCAGGACCCAGAUUUCUGGUCAUAUUUUGAAGCAUGUGAUUUACUUAAGUCUUUGGAUGCUUCAUUUAUAAAGGAAGAUGUGAAAAUGUGGUGGAAGUCCGAACAUGGCUCACUUGAAAAUGAUCUAAAACCACUUGUUAAUGAUGAGGAUGCAACAUUGUUAGCUAUGUGUGCUGAGGAAACAAAGUCUGAUAUUGAGAUAUAUACUGAGCCAAAAGACAAUGUUAAUUCAGAAGAUAGUGAAUCAAGUGAAGACUCUUUGGAUGGCAUACAUUUUGAAGAUAGUGAAGAGGAGAGGAUGAAUGAUAAUGAUGAAGAUGUAGGUGAAGAGAUCAACAAUUCUGGUGCAGGUGGAGUGGAAGAUGGUGCAGGUGGAGUAGAAGAUGGUGCAGGUGGAAUAGAAAAUGGUGCAGGUGGAGCAGAAAGUGGUGCAGGUGGUAUACAUACAGGAAUGAUGACAGCAGAGAUGGAAAGGGAACACAUAAUUGAUGAUGACUACUUAACAGAUGAGCUUGAUAGUGGGGCAGAUGAUGAUAGUGAUGGUGGUAGGCCUUCAAUGGUAAAGUUUAGGGAUGAUGAAAAACUUAGAAAGGAAUUUAAGUUCAAGGUUGGAAUGGAAUUUUCAUCUCUGAAGCAAUUUAAAAAGGCUGUACUGGAACACAAUGUGUUGAAUGGGAGGGAAGUUAAGUUUGCCAAGAAUGAUGGGGAAAGGUGCAGGGUUAUUUGUAAGGAUAAGCAACAAUGUGGUUACACUGUUUUAUGCAGUAGAGUGUUGAGAACUGAAUCAUUCAGGAUUAAGACUUUAAUUCAGAAGCACAAAUGUGGAAGGAAGUUCUUCAACAAGAAUGCUAAUGCUGAUUGGGUGUCUAGAAUAAUUGUGGACAAGUUGAAGAACAAUUCAGGUAUGAAAUUGAAUGAGAUUGUUUCUGAUGUUAGAUUGAGGUUUGCCACAGAAAUUACUGGAUGUAGGGCUUUCAAAGCAAGGCAAAUAGCUAGAAGGGUUGUUGAAGGUGACUCAGCCAAGCAGUACACUAUGUUAUGGUCAUAUGGAGCUGAAUUGAGAAGGGCAUGUAUAGGUAAUACAUUUAAGUUGAACAUUUCUGGUUUGCCACCUAAGUUUGAAAGGUGUUACAUGUGCUUUGAUGGUACAAAGAGAGCAUUCAAGAAUGGUUGUAGACCUUUCAUAGGAUUGGAUGGUUGUCACUUAAAGAACAAAUAUGGUGGAAUAUUGUUGAUAGCUGUCAGUAGGGAUGCUAAUGAUCAGUAUCUUCCACUUGCCUUUGGUGUUGUGGAGACUGAGUGUAGAGACUCUUGGAGCUGGUUUAUGAGGUUGCUUCUUGAAGACAUAGGUUCUGAUAAUAGGUGUUGCUUCAUUUCUGAUCAGCAAAAGGGAUUGGUGAAUGUAUUUGAGGAAGACUAUCCUGAAUUUGAGCACAGGUUUUGCUUAAGACAUUUGUAUGCUAACUUCAAGAAGAAGUUUGGGGGUGGUACACUCUAUAGAGAUCUAAUAAUGGCUGCAGCAAAGGCAACCUAUUUUGAAGACCAUGAGGCUAAGAUGAAUCAAAUUAAAGAGGCAAAUCCAGAUGCCUAUGAAUGGAUGAAUGCUAUUCCCAAGAAUAAGUGGUGUAAGCAUGCCUUUCCCUUCUACUCUAAGUGUGAUGUUCUUAUGAACAACCUAAGUGAAUCUUUUAAUGCUACUAUUUUGAUGCAAAGGGAUAAACCUAUACUAACCAUGUUUGAAUGGAUUAGGAACUAUCUAAUGGGUAGGUUUGCCACUCUUAGGGAGAAGGUAGAGAAUUACAAAGGAGUGAUUAUGUCUAAGCCACUUAGAAGGUUAGAUAGGGAGAUAGAAAAAAGUGCUAGUUGGCUGCCCACUUAUGCAGGUAGAUUAACAUUUCAGGUUACUCAUGUAAUGUUCACAGAUAGUUUUGUUGUGGACUUGGCAAAACAUACAUGUUCUUGUAAUUUUUGGGACUUGGUAGGGAUCCCAUGUAGACAUGCUGUUGCAGCCAUUCAUAGGAAGGUAGAUAACCCCAUUAACUAUGUACACAAGUGUUAUCAUAAGUCUACCUAUGUAACAUGUUACAAUGAAGUUAUCAGUCCUAUUAAUGGCCAAAACAAAUGGCCAAAGACCACUGACCCUGAAAUCUUGCCACCUAGUUAUAAGAGAGGCCCUGGCAGACCAAAGAAAUUGAGAAGAAGAGAGGCUGAUGAAGAAAGUCAAACAAGGUGGCAAAGGACUAACACAAGUCAUAGGUGCAAGAUUUGCUUUGAAUAUGGACAUAACAAAAGGACUUGUAAGAAAAACAAACAGCUAGCAAUUAUUGUUGGUGAAGUACCAAGAGAUGUACCAAGAGAUGUAUCAAGAGAUGUACCAACAGAUGUACCAACAGGUGUUGCACCCACCCAAGGAAGCCAAACACCUAAUGUGGGAACUUCUGGAGUCAAAAAAAGGGCUUCUGUGCAAAUAGGAGGGAAAUCAAAGAAGUCAAAGUCUACUGCAAAUGUAGGAGGGAAAUCAAAGAAGUCAAAGUCUACUGCAAAUGUAGGAGGGAAAUCAAAGAAGUCAAAGGCUUCUGUGCAAACUAAUGAUGUGCCACAACAUGAAGCUGUAAGUGAGAAUCAGGCUGAAGAUGUGCAAGCUGGAGAUGUGCCUCAUAGCAAUGAGAAUCAAGCUGAAGAUGUGCCUCAUAGCAAUGAGAAUCAAGCUGAAGGUGUGCAAAUUAAUGAUGUGCAAUCUAAUGAUGUGCCUGCUAAUGAUGUGCCUGCUAAUGAUGUGCCUCAUACCAAUGAAGCUGUAAGUGAGAAUCAAGCUAAUGGUGUGCCUCAUACCAAUGAAGAUGUGCCUGCUAAUGAUGUGCAUCAUACCAAUGAAGAUGUGCCUCAUUCACAAAACACUGUCAGUUCAGCUGAGGCAAUGAAAAGGUAUUGUGGAAUUGAUCCUGAUGAAUUGGAGGCCUUGUUAGAUGAUGAGGAAAUACUUGACAUUGCACCAUUGAGAAUUGAUACUAGUCCUGUCAAGAGUAAAAGACCUGGUCCCAAGACCUUUAUUGGGAAAUGCCCCAAGGUUCCAAAAACUGUCAAACCAUCCAUUGCUCCAAAGGUGUCCAAAGCUGCCAACAAGCCAACUAUGUCAACUAUGAGUGACCCUGUAAAGGUAAUGAUAUCACCAAGGAAAAAGUCCAAUCUUGCUGCAUCUCCAAUUAGAAAGAGUGAUAGGCUAAGGACUUUGAAGGCAAAAAAUAUACCGGGGCCUGGAAGGGAUCAAAAUGAUCCACUUGAAAUUCCUGAUGAAGACACUACUGUGAGCAGUGCUAGUGGGAGCAAGCCAUGGGCUGACAUCCAAAAGAGCAUGACUCAGUGAUCCA